UGACGACGAUGUUGUGGAACUCAUCGGGCCGUCAUCGUCGUUAGUUUGUGUUAAUUUUUCCUCCGAAAGUUUUCAUCAGCCAGAAGAAGGAGAAUUUUGCUUUAUUUGGCCGAUUCCGGGACCACUUUCGUUCUGCAUGAGAUUCCCCGUGUAGUCGUGCGUGUGUACUAUGUCUAAAAUGGAAGAUCUCGGCCGAUUGCUGUCCAACUAUUCGUACACGGAUGUCGCUGCGACCAAGAAGGACGUCGUCGACUGCCUCAAACAGUACAAGGCGUUGGCCUAUCGGGUUGAGGAGUACGCAUUCAACGAUGGCACGGUGAAGCAGCUGCUCAACCUGAAGGGAACCAUUCCGGUGCGGUACAAGGGCAACACGUACCACAUUCCGGUGGCGAUCUGGCUGCUGGACACGCAUCCCCGGUACGCGCCCCUUUGUUACGUCCAGCCGACGUCCGACAUGCACAUCAAGGUGUCCAUGUACGUGGACCACAACGGGAAGAUCUAUCUGCCGUACUUGCACGACUGGAACCCGGCGCAUUCGGACCUGCUCGGGCUCAUACAGGUGAUGAUCGUCACCUUCGGGGAUUACCCGCCGGUUUACUCCAAGCCCAAGAAUGCGGCCAAGACGGAAGUGAUGCCGCUGCAGCAGCAGCAGCAGACGCCGUAUCCGACACAAUCUUUCAUGCCUCAACCGCCGACGAGCACCCAGAGUCCGUACUGUCCGUAUCCGCAGCAGCAGCAGCAACAGUUUCCACCGUACCCGGCGGCUGCCGGAGGAGGAUACGGCGGCUACGGUCAACCGUCCGGAGCUGGAGCCAGCUAUCCACCGUACAUGCCGCAGGGAAUGCCCACAGCCGGCGGUUACAACACCGGUUAUAACCCGUCGGCCCAGGGCACCGGAACCAUCACCGAGGAGCACAUCAAGGCCUCGCUCGUCAGCGCCGUCGAGGACAAACUGAAGCGGCGCAUCCAGGAGAAGGUCAACCAGUGCCAGGCGGAGAUCCAAACGCUGAAACGCACCCAGCAAGAGCUGAACGAGGGCCAGAGCAAAAUCAACGACAUCGUCGGCCGGCUGGAGCGCGACGAGCAGGAACUCGCCAAAUCGAUCUCCGUACUCAAGGACAAGGAGCAGGAGCUGGAGCGCGCCCUCGAGGGUCUCGAAAAGGUCGACGGAAUCGACGUGGACGAGGCGGUCACCACGACGGCACCGCUCUACAAACAAUUGCUGAACGCGUACGCCGAGGAGGCAGCUAUCGAGGACGCGGUCUACUUUAUGGGCGAAGCGCUGCGCAGCGGCGUCAUCGAUCUGGAGGUGUUCCUGAAGCACGUGCGGCAGCUCUCGCGCAAGCAGUUUAUGCUGCGGGCGCUCAUGCAAAAGUGCCGCCAGAAGGCGGGCUUUCCGGCCUAGUUUGGGCGAUCCAGCGAUCCGACCAAUGUAUGUAAAUAGGCAAGUUUGUGGCAGGAGGUGGCGAGCGGAAAGCAGAACAAUAUAUAUUCUAGAUCUUA